AUGCCUGCCUUCAAGAGUAAGGAUCUAAAUCGGAAUAGAACUUUCCUUCUCGAGUUUCUUUGGAACCUUCUGAACAAUCCGACUCAUCAUGAUAUUAUUGUGUGGGAGAACAAAAAAGAACUGGUAUUCAGGAUUAUGAACAAAGAUGCUGUUGCUGUUCUUUGGGGACAAAAGAAAGGUGGAAAGGCGAUGAAUUAUGAGAAGUUGUCAAGAGCUCUGCGUCAUUUCUAUGGUACUCAUGUGAAGAAGCUCUCUACCAACUGCGUCAUCAUCUGGAACAUCAUCUGCGAGAUCGACUCCUCCCCAACCAAUCGAUAUGGACACAGCAUCUAUUUCUAUCCAGGAACUUGUUCAAUUCAACGCAUUUCUUCUAAAAUUUCAAUACCUUCGUAUUCUUCCAUUUGA